GAGUACCUUACUGUAAAAAUUACUAUCAUGUAUUUUGUGAAAAGAACUAUUGUAUUUAUAUUUUUGUUAAUAAAUGCUAGUCAAAAUUUAAGUUUUGCUGCUGAUUCACCGCCGUUACCUGUUGUUCUUUGGCAUGGAAUGGGUGACAGUUGCUGUUUUUCUUUCAGCUUGGGGGCGAUCAAAAAAAUCUUAGAAAACGAAAUACCAGGAGUUGAAGUAAUUUCAAUUCGAAUUGGAAGAGAUACAGCAGAGGAUGUGAUGAACGGUUUUUUUAAAAACGCCAAUCAUCAAAUUGAAGAGGUUUGCAAUUUAUUCUCAAACGAAGAAUCUUUGAAAAAUGGAUAUAAUGCCAUUGGAUUUUCUCAAGGAUCACAAUUUCUGAGAGCUGUAGCCCAAAGAUGUCCUUAUCCUCAAAUGAAAAAUUUAAUUUCAAUUGGUGGUCAACAUCAGGGUGUUUAUGGUCUACCCCGAUGCCCUUCCCUUGAUCAUGGACUUUGUAAUCGUCUCAGAAAGAUUUUAAACCAUGCAGCCUAUUAUAAAUUUGUUCAAAACAAUUUUGUUCAAGCCGAAUAUUGGCAUGAUCCUCUUCAGGAAGAUGAUUACAAAAAAUAUAGCAUUUUCUUAGCUGACAUUAAUAAUGAACGAACAUUAAAUCAGACCUACAAGGAUAAUUUACAAAAAUUGAAAAAAUUUGUUUUAAUCAAAUUUACUGAAGACUCAAUGGUUCAACCACAUGAAACAGAAUGGUUUGGAUUUUACAAACCUGGUCAAUCUGAAAAGACACAAAGUCUCCAAGAAAGUGAUCUGUACAAAGAGGAUCGUCUUGGAUUAAAAAAGAUGGAUGAAGAUGGGAAAAUAGAUUUUCUUCAAGUACAUGGCGAUCAUUUGCAAUUUACCGCUGAUUGGUUUAUAGAAAACAUUAUUCGAAAAUAUCUUAAUUAAAUCCAAUUAUAUAUUUAAAAACAAAAAUAUGUUAGUACUCAAAGUCAACUGUUUGAAAUUAGAAUAAAUACUUUUUUUAAUAUUAACUUGUAGUUUUCUACCAAUGUAGUUAUUUUUUGUCGUGAAUAAAACACAUUUAGAUAUUUUGUAAA